AUGAAUCUUGAGGGUGAAGCAUUCAGUCUUGGAAACUGUUAUUGGUCUGGAAUAGAUGUUAAAAAGGGUAACAAGGAGGCUUUUGAAUGGGUUUUGAAGUCUGGAUCUAGCUCUGAUAGUAGAGCUGAA